AUGCCAAAAUCCAAAUCCAAAUCCAACCCCCUCACAUCCCCCGCAACACCAAUAGCCCUGCACCCCCACCACCUCCUCUCCCCACCCCCAGACCUCCUAACCAACACCGCAACAACCCUAACAAUAACAACAACCCAAGAAACCAAGUCCCCCUCGCCCAUCUUUACUGUCCACCGCACCCGCCCACACGAAGCCCCAGAUACCCCAGACCGCAACGUCCUCCUCUACAACGUGUUCGGGAAACCAUGGCCGAAUACAAGUCGCAUAGUCUGCGAUGCGGAGGGCAUGCCACUGCUCGUAUUGCGACGCGUUUGGUUAUCCAGUGUCCGGAAAUGGAGUGUUAGAUUUCCCGAUCAGAACCAGGGGGAUUUAUUGGUUGCUUCGAUGCCGUGGGCUGGGGGUGGGGAUGGGGCUAGGGUUGGUGUUGGGAGUGGUGGGUUUAGGCUUGAAGUGCGCUUUGUGAAUGCGCUUGUGAUUAGGUCGGUUGGAUCUGGGGGUGUAAGAAGUGGAAGCAGAUUGGGAGUGGCUAUACCGGAUGAUCCGCCGCCUUAUAGUGCUGUUUCUGGGGUUGGAGGAGAAGAGCGCCAGUGUGAGGGGAAUGCGGGGGUGGUGCAUAGGAACGAAAAAGAGAUACAUCCAAGUCCAUCGCUGACCAAUCCACACUCACACUCACACUCAAAUUCACCUUCACAUUCACAUUCACAUUCAAGUCCCCACUCUCACCCCGUCCUCCCCUCCUACGCCUCCGUCCGCCGCGAUUCACCUAAUUCCCUACGAGAUCUGCUCGAUGCAAUCGAGCCGCCGCAGGAACCGGCGCCAGCUUCACCGUUUCUUUCAUCUGCAUCUGCAUCGCAGAAUCCCAAUCCCAGUACCAGUACUAGUCCUGUUCCUGGGCUAGAUGCAGAAGCUGAUGCACCCCCCGGCCCAAAAGUCGAGUUGAGAGUUAUGCAGCUAGCUGGGUCUGACACAGGUAUCAUGAUGGGUAACCAGCAGAUCAUGAAUAUCACGCGACGCAAUGUGAUUGACUACAGUAAAUCUAAAGUGAAGUCGAGGCCCAGGUGGGAGGUUGAGGUUUCUGAGGGAGUUGAUUUGUUAUUGGCUGUGAAUAUUGUGUUGAUUAUGGCUGAUUCGGUCUCAUCUCAGAACAGAUGGAGGUAA